AUUAGGUUCCUACCGGAGACGCUGUCGGAAGCGUUUGCGGGUGGAACCGUAUGCACUUCCGUUUGUCAUUCAACGAUCCCGUAGUAAAACAGGCUUCUUCUUCUUCUCGGCUGUUCUGACUCAGGAGCAGAACUGUGUGACCACACAUCAUGACGCUGUUUCACUUUGGAAACUGCUUUGCUCUUGCUUACUUCCCUUACUUUAUAACAUACAAGUGCAGCGGCCUUUCAGAGUACAAUGCCUUCUGGAGAUGUGUCCAGGCGGGUGCAACCUAUCUGUUUGUCCAGCUCUGUAAGAUGCUGUUCUUAGCUACAUUUUUCCCCACAUGGGAAGGAGGAGCUGGAGUGUAUGACUUUGUAGGGGAAUUUAUGAAGUCAACGGUGGACCUGGCAGAUCUGUUGGGUCUCCAUCUUGUCAUGUCUCGUAAUGCCGGUAAAGGGGAGUACAAGAUCAUGGUGGCUGCCAUGGGCUGGGCAACCGCAGAACUCGUCAUGUCCAGGUGUCUUCCUCUGUGGGUGGGAGCCAGAGGGAUUGAGUUUGACUGGAAAUACAUCCAGAUGAGCUUUGACUCCAACAUCAGUUUGGUCCACUACAUUGCCAUGGCAGCAGUGGUGUGGAUGUUUACACGUUACGACCUUCCUAAGAGCUUCAGGCUUCCAGUCACUGUGCUGCUGGCUCUUUGUGUCUACAAGUCCUUCUUAAUGGAGUUGUUUGUCCAUGUCUUCCUCUUGGGCAGUUGGACAGUGCUGCUGGUUAAAGCCGUGCUGACUGGUGCUAUCUCUCUCUGCUCGCUGUUUCUUUUUGUCACUCUGGUCCACAGCAACUAAGUUAACAGCAGUAAAGAACAUAAAGUGUUCCGAUCUACAAAAACACAGGCUGACGUAUGAGCCAACAAGUUUAACCAGUUAGAUUUGAUGAACCCGUCUGGUCUGAUUAUGGGAAACUUGAACUCAGUGUGCAGCUUUGUUUCAUUUCUGGAGGCUUCUGAUUGGCUGUGUUGUUUUGUGAAAGGGUGAAUUUUGUAUCUCAAUGACCACAAAUUAAAAGAGACUUUAUAAAUAACACUUUUCUUUUCUAUUUGUUGCCUGAUGAGCCAGUUUAAAUCCUUAGAUUAGAUUAACUGAGGGGAUUUCUAACAUAUGGACGACAGUAAUAGCUCUUUGAUAGUGGCCUCAAAUGUAUCAAUUUAUUUAUAUACAAAUCAAUGUACAAAUAGUUAUAAUAAAACUAGACAGGGUGUUUUGAUUAUUGAAAACAUUGUUUUAAAUUGAAAGCUACUGCAGUGUGAAUAAACCGAACUUUACACAGCAUCAUGGUAUUAUGUUGAGUUGUAAACAUCUGUGAUUUUGACAUAAACGUCUUUCUCUUGUUUAAA